AUGUUCCGUCGUCUCCUUCCUCUUUUUCUCCUUGUCACUGGGAUUGCGUUGGCGCAGAAACAGAACACAUGCGGCGACAUCCCAUACGAUCCAUCUCAGGCUAUCUGCCGGGACGACAUUCUCUGCCCCGUUGUCGACGGCUUCCCGCAGGACCUUUGUGGCGGCCAAUGCUAUUCUUCUUUGAACCACACGUGCGAUAAUGGCACCAUAUGUCCUCGGGCGCCUCAGGAAGGGCCGUACCUGAUCCGCGUUUUGACUUGGUACGGCGAUAUGGACGAGCUGGCGAUCGAUGCUUGUGGCGGGGCUUUCUUCGCCGGCCGUUCAAGUUCAAGCUGCACGUGGUGCCCCUAUCAGCAGUUCCCAGAGACAUGCAGUGCAGCGGUGAACAUUACGGUGCUCGAGGGCACCGAGAACAUGCAUGUCAUCGUUCCAGGCGGUCAGCGGUUCUACAUCAACGCGCUUGGCGCCCUUGCCUACACGCGCGCGCACAGUGGAAUCAUCCCUGAGAACUCCAUCGUCGGAGAGAUUCAGGCGUUCCAGGAGGGGGGAUUCAUCUACGCGGCGGGCGGUGGUUGGUACGCUUGUCCGGCGUCCGAGCCCGGCGUGUACCAGAUUUUCAACCGGCUGGAGGGCGUUGUGCUCGAUGCCGCUUGCAUCGGCAUCAACAUUGCGGUAAACAGCCUGGAGGGCGGGCUGUUCGCGUGGCAGUACCAGUAG